AUGCUGGCCUACACCCUGUCAAAAGCACCCCUUGGACUAGCAUAUAUUUUCACUUCCUUUCCUUCAUCAGAUUCAGCCAAGGCAGGGGGAAGGAAAGAAGAAAAAACGGUAACCAAGAAGGCAAGCUCUCACUACGCAGCUGCGGGAAAGGGGGACAUUGAGCUCCCAAAAUUUCCUGAAUUCGAGCAAAUAAACAGAGGCAAAUUUUGCAAAGAAAGGGAAGUCAGAGAAGAGGAGGAGAAAGGAGGAAAAAGCUUAGCCAAAAUAAGUAGAAGCCAUUAG